AUGGAUACAAAAAGAGUUACAAAAAGACGUCAUUUCCUGAAAAAACUUGCCAUAGAACUGAUCACCCCUCAAAUGGAAGAACGAUUAACAUGGCCCUCUUUGCCCAUGAAUAUUCAAGUUCUCUUAGGUGGAAUCUUGCAAAAGAAGCGGCCAUUGCAAGAACCAAGUUCUGCUCCCACUGCUAAAAAAAGAUGUGCAAUGUGCCCAAGGGGUAAGGAUCGAAAAACCAAGGUCACUUGUGGCAUGUGCCCAAAAACCUCUUUGCGGUGA